UGCGUUUUAUCCAGUUUGUACACAACGAUGGAAAACCUCAAACUUAAUAAGCAGCAGUGGUCCACUGAAGAGACCAGCUACCUAGUGGCAAUCUGGUCUUCCGAAGAGGUACAGAGGAAGCUGGAGGGGAGCACGCGGUCCAAAGCUAUUCUGCAACAAUUGCAGCGAGAGAUGGCAACCGCUGGUUAUGACCGUAGCAUCGAACAGAUUUGCAACAAAUUGAAGCUCGGACGGAGUGGCAGCGGUCGUCCGAAAACAAGUCCACAUUUUUACAGACCGAGGAGUGGUUUGGGAUCCACGGUGAAUUCGCUUUCUCUCUCGUCAAUUGGGUUGGAGGACGAGUCAUUUAAUGCUGGCAUAUCUCGUUUGGAGUGUACUGUGUCGGAACCACCACUACCGUCGGCGUGUAGCUCGCCCGUGCACAUGCUUGGGUCUCCUCUUGCCACAAGCAGCUCUUCCCAGGAAUCUCUGGUGACCCUAACCCAGCCAGUGGGCCGACACAAACAGGGUAAGGUUUACAGUGGUCAUAAUGUUAAAAGGAAGCGGGAUUCAUCAUCUCGCCUUGUCUUGUUAAUGGAGAAGAGUGACGCCAGGGAGGAAGAGCGACUGGAGCUGAGCCGGGCGAUGCUUCAGGGGGUGAAGGAGACCAGUGCUGAGUUCCUACGGGUUUUCAACAUAACGGAGCAGAGCAGAAUCGAGCAGAACAGAAUCAACAGAAUCGAGGAGACCAAGCAGACCGAGCAUAAAAGCCGCAUCCUUGGCUUGUUAGACAGGAUGGUGAAGGUGAUGGAGACCAACAGCAAACAAUGACCUUAUUUUUGUAUCUAAAUUGUUCAUGCCUUUUUGUAUACAUUCUUUUUUAAAUACACUUAAUUAUAGUAUAUACAGUAUGUUCUCCACACUUUUUUGUGAAUACUUUGUAUACAUUCUUUUUUAAAUACACUUUAUUAUAGUAUAUACAGUAUGUUCUCCACACUUUUUUGUGAAUACUUUGUUGUAUACAUUCUUUUUGAAAUACACUUUUUACAGUAUAUACAGUAUGUUCUCCACACUUUUUUGUGAAUACUUUGUUGUAUACAUUCUUUUUGAAAUACACUUUAUUAUGUUAUAUACAGUACGAAUAUUGUUCAUACUUGUCUGUACAGACAUUCUUUGAUUUGUAUGUAAAAUAAACAUAAGUCAAAAGUCAUGUCUUAUAACAUUUUAUUUUUUCAGUGAUCCACUGCAAACUAGCUAAUGUUACUAUGAUAAAACACUGAACUAAAACAGUGGUAGAUGAUAAGUAUUAUACUUGCUAAACAGCAGCAUGUUAUCAUUGUGUUGCCACACUAUAGCGUUAUUUAACUUAAACACUGAUGAACUACUCGUAUGCUAAGUCUGAUUCUGCCAUGCAUUCUUUAAACAAAAUGAUGCUAAAUGAAAUCGUUACCUGUGUUAUCGAAAAUAAAUGUGUCAUUGUCAAGCUGGA